AUGGAACAAAUUAAUAAUAUCCAGGUCGUUCCGUGCACCAACUCCAAUUACCUGAAACCAUUCAGGGUGCAUUAUAGCCAGAAUGGGACCAAGAAAUCCUGGGACUUCAUGCGAACCCAUGAUAGUGUCUCCGUGCUGAUUUUCAACACUACCUGUCACUGUUUUGUCCUGGUCAAGCAGUUCCGUCCAGCUGUGUACAUGUGUGAGUGGGAGAGGAGCAAGUCCCAGCUCUCACAGCCCCCUGAGCAGCCAGAGGGGGAGGCAGGAGGUGAAGAGGGAGCAGAGGCCACCCCAGCUGAAGCAAAAGCUCCAGAGGAGGGCAAUGAGGGAGAGAAGGGGGAAGGAGCUUGCCCCAACCAGCCUCCAGCUUCAGCAGGUGUGACCUAUGAGCUGUGUGCAGGACUGGUGGACAAACCACAUCUGUCACUGGAAGAAAUUGCCAGACAAGAGGUACUGGAGGAGUGUGGCUACGAUGUACCAGUCAACAAACUGAGGAGGAUCACGUCAUAUAGGUCUGGGGUUGGCGUAACGGGUGCCAAGCAGACGAUGUUCUAUGCAGAGGUAUCAGAUGAGAACCGCGUGGGUGAAGGAGGUGGAUCGGCCCAGGAGGGGGAACUAAUUGAGGUGGUCAAGGUGCCCUUGCACGAGGCCAUGACCUUUGCCUUUGAUGAGAGCAUCCCCAAAACUAUGGGUGUCAUCUUCAGCUUCAUCUGGUUCCACAGCAACAUGUCUCCCAAGUAUAAGAUCUCAACCAACGUGUAA